GUGACUGUGGCUAGUAUUCUUCGUAUGUAGGGCUGUGGUCGUAAUGGCGGGAUUUCGUCAGUACCAAAAGUUUCUUUCAAACUUUUUAACUUGAAUACAAUUAGCUAAAACUUCUUCAAUACCACAAAUUUGUAUGAAAAACUGCAUAAUUAUCCAAACAAACCGCUUUCAUGUGAAAGUUCACCGGUCAGGAUGUCGGUUAAUUCAAAGCGGCGGUUACCUGACGUUUUUUGUGUUGGUGUGUUGAAUGAAUGUCGAAAUUACGUUUAAUUCGCGUCUCGGGGAUGAGUGAAUAAGUGAUACGAAGUGCUUCGGGACGUAUCGAAAUGCCUUUCGUUCAACGUGUGGUGGAACCGAAGUAUUUGUCGCGAACGAGCCUUAGAGGUGAAGACGGGAAGCCGAGGGUCAACGAUGAAGAGCUACAAGCUGUGACGAACUGCACACUCAGCAAUGCGUUACGCCAACUCGCCUCGCUCGUGCUCUUGGCCGAGGAUAUAUUCAGCGAGUUGACAUCGCAGCUGCAGGGAAUCACAGAAAGAUCGAAAGUAGCGCAAACGAAAAUCGAAAAAAUUCAUGAAAUAGUGCAAAAUUAUGAUCCGAAGAAAGUUCCAGUCCCGGAGGGGAGCCUGUCCGACUUUGCUGUACGCAAAGUCCACUACACGGCGAGCAAUCCCCUCAAAAAGGGCCUGUUCACACCCGACACAAGGCCCGCAAGUUUGCGCAAUCUUUACGAGAAAGCAACCACAGACCGACUCUCCGCCUCCAUUCUCGACCAACUCAGAAGAGAUUCUCAGUACUCUCCGUAUCUGCUAUGCACGCCUAUUCUCAGUUCCAAACGACGCCGUAUUUAUCACAAGCUUGACGUUGACAUUGAAACACAUAUCCCGACGGUAGUCGAACAUCUAAGGAAAUGGACAUCAAAGGAAGCCAUUGGAGACGUGACAGCUUUACCAGAUGCUUCCAUGAGGAUAGCCAACAGCGUGACAUUAACUCCAGACGAGUUGUCCGAGUGUGGUUCUGGAGAUGAGGAACCUAUAGACCACAGGCUGCCCAGCCCCGAGGAACAAUUGAGAGUCAUCGCCUCCAAAUUUCCUCCGGAAGUCGUUGCGAUCGACACAUCGGGAAAAUUUUUCGACAGAAUGUGCACUUCACGUAAAUCUCUACACAUAGAGGUCACCGGAGAAACGGACACUGUGAAGCGAAGGACCCGCACUAGAAAACCUCGGGGUAAAAGACGAAACACGAUUUCUGGCACUGAUCAGAAAGAGCUUAGAGAGGCUAUAGCUGGCGAUACAUCAAAUGCUGCUGCUACUGAAGAGAUCGAGGAUAUCACAGUCAUCAGGUCGAAGUCCAGCGAUUUACUCAAGAAAAGUCCUAUCGAUCCUGUAACUAAAAAAGGACAUUUCAAUUCCCUAAAACAAUGGGGUAAAAAUAGGUUAAAAAUGAUCGGUAGAUCACCAAGUGCCAGUAGAGAUAGUUUCAAAGAUAAUUUGAAAGUUGAAAGAAGUAAGGAUUCUAAGUCUCCUACAAGACAAGAAGAGAAUGAAAAACAAGAAACUGUUACUUUACGUAAAAAACGACCUGGAGAUGAAGACCGAAGAACGCAUCAAAGGUGUGCUUCAUAUUCGUCUUCUGAAAAAAGCAUAGGUGUUCCAGCCAGUAUACCACCUACAGCUACGAUUAAUAGCACUGUUAAAUUGCGAGGGACAUCGGUACAAAGGAGGCUAAAGAGAUCUGGCAUUGGUAAAGAAGAACCUCACUCUUCGAGCGGUAACUGGUCAGCUAGCUCAGAGUCUGGUAGAACAAGCAUAGGUUCAGAAAUAACAACAACAACGGUGCCUCCAAAAAGCACGACUUCUGCAGCAACUUCUAACAAUUCCUUGAACCUCCAUCAUGGUCCCCCUAGCUCUAUCAUAAGCCGACGACGAUUCAUGAAUACUUCUGGAUCAGGAAGUGUUACUAGUGAAGGUACACUUACACCAGAUAUUAUUCACGAUUUGCACGAAGAUUUAGAGACAAGUUCCGAAUUCUCAUGCGACACAGAAGGAUAUUAUACCUCUUUCCAUAUGGAUUCCGGCCUAAAAACUUUAAAGGAAGAAGAAGUAUGUCCUAGUACUCCAAUGCAUACAAGCAAUGCUCUUUCUAAUUCAUCUAAUAGUCAGACAUUAACAGCAGAAAAUGAAUAUGAAUUAUUUGGAAAAGGUUCAACGAGUACGACUACUAGUUCUGCAGGUACUGUUUGUACAGCAUUAAUGGCAGCUGGGAGUGAUCGCUCUCUUGUAAUAGGUCCAACAGUCCCCGAACGUAAAAGUUCACUAACGAAAAUGAUCCGGAGUAGAAGUAACAACAUUCACAGUGCCAACGCUAGUCUAGAUAGGAGUAUGAAUUCGACAUUUUCUAAAUCACCUUUCAGUAGUCUGAAAUUUAAUUCUGUUCAGUCAUAUCCAGAUAAAAAAAUAUAUAAUCACUCAUCACCCGAAAUUAAUGAAGUUUCUCAUUCAACUAUUACUAUAACUAGAAAUGUCGGAAAUCACAGAGAAAUAACUGCAGUUGCAGAGGUUCAUACUGAAACAGAACUAGAAAGUACUAAAAAAAGCACAGGUACAAGUUCGCCGGACUCUGGUCAUAACACUUCUAGUUCACCUAUAGAAGAUUCCGUUUCAAGCGCACAUGGAAAAAAUAGUCUUUCAGAACAAGAUUAUUCAGAAUCAUCUGAUUUAGAAGGAACUGAUAGAAUAGAAAGAAUACGAUACAAAACUACAAUAAAUAGCUCUAGAAUUCCAUCGCUUUGUGUAAUAACUCCUACAAAUUCAGAUGAUGAAAGCGAAGAAAGCAAUAAAGAUACAGACGCUUCUAGAAAACAAGAUAAUGAGGAGGUAAACACCACCUUUAAGAAAAUUUCUAAUAGACCUAAAUUGGACUUACCAUCUGAAGAUAAAAUUAAAGAAAUAAAGAAUUCAAAUGAAACAACAAAAACAAAUAAAGUUCAUACUCAAAUUAAUCUAAAGUCGUCAUUACAACCAUUAAAUAAUUUAAUGUGUAAAUUAAAAGGUGUUCUUCCCCAUAAACUAUCAAAUAAAAAAUCUCCCACUACAAAAGAUCCGUGUAUUAAUGACGAUAUCUAUGACGCUGGUGACUAUGUUACCAUAGCAGAUGUUAGAAAUAAUAAUCAAAAAAUGAGCCUUAAUAGAAGUGUAUAUGGUAAUAAUGACAUUGUUAGGAAAAAUUUACAAGCGGUUCUAUCAGGACGACCGGAGACCGAGUAUGUGUCUUUAAACGAACUUCCCAAUUGCUUAAGUGGCAGUAAAGAUUUCCUAGAGAAUACUUUAGAAGAAAAACCUUCACCAGUGAUAGAGGAGAUACAAAGAAAGGGUGCCAAAGUUACGCUAGACUCUCAAGGGCAAGUUAUUUAUUCAUCAGAUACAUUAAAAAGACGAAAAGGGGCCCAUACAACAUUUGAACCAGGCCCGUUCGUUCAAGAAGUUUGCCCAACUACGACCAUUGUCCAACGAGAAACAGCUGAUGUAGUGAAAGUUACUGAUGAGACUGAUUUCCCUUAUGAACCUCCACUAGCAUCUAGCAAACCUACAUCACCACAACUAGGAAAAAUGAUAAUUAAAGCACCAAUAGAACCAGAUGGUCCUGUUACUACAGAAUUUGUACCUUUACCACCGCCCAAACCUAGUACAAUAAUAACAGCAACACCAUUUACUGAAAUAACAGCAUUAACAAGCCAACCAUCUGUAAGAAAUGAUCGUGAUUUACCGCGAGUGGUAGAAGCUAUUACCAGAACUGGAGCGUAUGUAAAUAUACACGAUGCAGAGGGUGUCAGCUUAUCACCGACGAAAGACGAUUUAGCAGACUAUCGACAUUCCUGUGCUGACAAACCCUAUUUGAAUAUGCCGCAAAAUACACCUCAAGACAAAGUUACUGCAAUCAACCUAAACACACUCAUCCCGACCCAACACCGAUAUAAUACUGCCCAUUUACGUGGAAGACACGGUAUAAUCAACUAUAAUAACAAUCAAUCAAAUGUAACAAAGGAACAACUAAAAUUCUGGACACUUCCGAAAAGAAGCACCAUGGAAUUAAAUGCUCCGCGUCCAAUGACACCAGAACAGAGAAAAUCAGUCUUUAAUACAACAAAACCAGAUACCAGAACUUUAACGCACGGACAACUGGGGAUACCACAUCCACCAAGUGUGAACGACGAAUCUAUUAGAAUUUCGCCUAUUGAUCCUCGAACAUCAGGCUCUUUCAAAUCUUCCACACCAUCCAAUAAGGAAAAUGUCGUUGACCUCGGCGCCAAGUUACUAUCACCCGUAAAGUCAACAAUGACAAAUGAAGAACUUUAUGCUGUUAUACAUAAAAGUAAGAAAAAACUUAAUAUAAAAGAUCAUGUAGAAAGAUCAGAAUCACCAGCUUUGUCUACAGUAAGUUUAUCCCCUGUAAAUUCAGAAACAUCGUUAUAUACUAAAGGUACUCAACGUCAUCCAGAGACAGGUUAUUUAGGAGAUCCACGAAAUAGAAUGAGUUGGUCACCAGCUGAUAAACAGCAAGUGCUGCUAUAUCCCAGUUCCGGUUUUUCAAAACCAGAAACAACAUCAUGCGCUGAUAGGUUUGGUCCAGUACCACAAACAUCAAGACUUGAUUUUAAGAAAUUACUUCUACAACACAGUGUUAAACUAAACACUAUGCAUCCACAAAACAAGGUAAAUAAAUUGUCUGCAGUUGAACAACUCAAACUUUCAAAAGAAAAAGCUCAAAUACCAUUAACACCAACUACAAAUAGAACUCAAAUGAAUAUACUUGACCUCAGCGGUUCACCGAAGACUUAUACUCAUAGAAAAGUUAUAAAAGCUAAUCCCCAGCCCGCAUCGCCUGGUAGAACUAGUGCGUUAAUAAAGGAACAUAAAAAUACUCCUAAAAUCUUACUUUCACCUAAAUCACAGUGGCGAUUUUCAAGUCCCCGGUCGGAUGUUUUAUCUACGCCAAUACCAGAAGCGAAUAAUGAAGACGAAAAUUCUAACAGUUCCGGUGAGAAACACGAUAGGUCUCCAAACAACCCACCAUGUAAAACAGUUCCUAUUGUUACAAACCAACACUUCGGAGCGCGAAGAAAUCUAAUACCAAUAAAUGAAAAUAACUUUGAAACUGAAAACGAUUUUUCGGGAUCUAUUGACCACGGAGUAUUUCCUCUUAGCACCGAUUUUGCAAAAUCUCAUAGUCUAUCAAGAUCGGAAAUAAUGCAAGCAAAGCGAGCUGAAUUCUUCAACACUUCUCCUGAUUCGUCACCUCCUAAAUUUACAUCGUUUAAGAUUUCAACGGCUGGUCCGUCUUCACGAAGUAAGGCCUCUCCGGAAAGAGGCAAAAUCUCACCGACGACAUUGGAAACAGCAUUAUGAUAAUUUGUUAAAUAUGCUGCAUUAAAGCGGUGCUCUUUUUUCUUUUUGUGUGUAAAUAAGGCGACGGUGUGAAUAGAAGCUUUAAUCUAGUCUCUUCUAGCUUGAAGUGCCGUUUUUGAGAGCACAUACUGCAUUUUAUAGCUGCCAGUCUUAUACUACUUAAAUUAAUGAGGUUAAGGACAUCCAGCUCAAAUAAAUAUUCAUUUAAGCUCUGAUGGGGCCAAUUUUGUUUUAUCUAAUACUGUACAACUGGUUAAAAUAGUAAAUAAGUAUUUAUUGAGUAUGUACCUACUAUGUAAGUAGUGUUUUAAACUUUUUCAAAGUUUUUAAGUUAUUCGGAAUACAAUUUUAAUUAAAUGUGUUAAAUAUUA